GGAUGCUAAUGAGGACAUGGUGAAGACAUAUGCUCGUGUCUACAUGUGGUACUUGAUAUCCAGGACUAUGUUUGCUGAUGGCACAGGCAAGAAUGCUCCAUGGAUGUGGCUGAAGGCGUUGACCGUCUUCGAUAGCAAAUGGAGUUGGGGUUCGGCGACACUGGCUUACUUGUAUCGACAGUUGGACGAAGCCUGUUGUAGACACACUUGAGGUAUUGGUGGUUGUCUGCUCGCACUUUCCAUAUGGAGCUGGGAGCGUUUGCCGGUUGGACGACCGAAGACCGUGAAGUACGAGGAUUGGGACGACAAAGACGACCCACUAUGGCUCCCCACUUGGGCUUACAAGUGGGAUGUGUUAAAUGAGACGACAGAUGAUCCCUCGGUAAUGUACAAGUUGUACAAGAGCGAGCUGGACGCGAUCACGCCUGAGCAGGUGGAAUGGGAGCCGUAUGGAAAAGGAGAGAGUUUUGGUAACCCUAUGGAGUUCAGGCUGAAUCCGAUGUGCACUAGGGAUGGGGAUCUCUGGCAUAUGCGGUGCCCACUGAUAUGCAACUGGGCGGUUGAGCUUCACCUGCCACAUCGGGUGUUCCGCCAGUUUGGUUUGUUCCAGCAACACCCGCCGGAGUGGGAGGACACGGACAAGUUGCUACACGCGUUGGAUAGGAAAAAGCACCGGAAGAUCAAGGAUUGGGCCAACCAUCACAGGAAGUAUGUCGUGCAGUUCGCUCUUAGUGUGGAGCAAGCAAGGGCUGGAAAACGAGCCCAGCUUCGUGAGCACUGCUCGAUCGCGUUCAACAACUAUCUCGCAUGGUUUCUUGCAAAUACCCGCGUGGAUGUAUGCCAGCCGGCGUAUGCUGAGGAGAUUCUGGAAGAACCCACCGUUUUUGAUGAGGUAGCCCAGCACCAGUACAACGCAUUAGUCAGGAAAGGCAACUCAGUGAUCCCUUCAGCUCCAAUGAUGAACUUUGUGCGUGCCCAGAUCAAGAAAGCAGCUGAUGAGACCGAGACUAUUCUGGAAACAACCCCGGCUGGCAAAAUUGAACUCCAUGAUACUCCGGCCAUUGUGAUUGGUCAAAGUAUGGGUGAAAGCGGGGAGCCCAUGUUUUCUUGA